AUGGGCAUCAUGGAUGGGAUGGGGACGCUUGGUCGUUCUUGUUUCAGAGAUUUGGCACUUGGGAUUUGUUUCUUGGUCUGCAGAGAAUCUGGGGCUGACUUCGUCGCUCUAGUCUUCAUCUCUAUCACCCUGUCAUCACCAGACGACCCUCCCGUUGGGGUUAUCCUAUUUCCUGUUGUCCGUUGGGCUCAGGGACCUUCUUACACUACCCUUCAAGACACCGAUUGGGAAGACCUAUACGAACUUGGUGAACACGACAACGAAGAUCUAUUUCACCAUCAGGACAAUUGGACUCCUGAGCUUCGGUCCCUAUUCGGUGAUCCUCCCUAUAUCGAAUUCCCCUCUCUCCACUAUCAAACCGCCGACGUUAUCGAGUAUCUCCCCACCAUGUCGGGAAUCGAAAAACUCAACAACUCCAUUCUGAGUGUCUUCGAUGGCACCAAUUGGAAUACGUGGUCGGACAACUACAUGAGCAUCUGCAUGCAUCAGGGCACCUGGGGAGUGGUUAAACCCACUCAUAUUAUGGUUAACGGCACAUCUACCUCGAACCCUGGUUCUAUGGAGCGUCCUGGAACGGCUGGUGACAGCCAAUAUCAAUGGGACGUUGCCAAUGAAAAGGCACUGGGUCUUGCGCGGGUUUAUAUCACCCAGAAUCUGCGCAAGGGAAUCUUUAUGGACGGUCAGCGGGAGCGCACUGCGCGCGAGGUUUUUGCGAAAAUGGCGACGGAUUAUGGCCAACCAAAUGCCAUCGAUGCUUUCGUCGAGUACCGCCUCCUGAACACCACCACCUUCCACGGUGGUGAUACCAUUGAAAAACAAAUCAUGGAAAUGGAGACUCGUCGUCGCCAGUGUUCGGAAGGAGGAAUCGAGAUCCCUGAUUACCUCUUCGCAACUCUAAUGCUCGCCGCUUUGCCCGCUUCCAGCAGAGGUUUCGUCACCUCUUACCUGGCCAAUCGUCCUAUCGCUUCUCUGAACCCAGUCAAUGUCAAGAACAGCGUCAUAGGGAAUAUCAAGAUCGAGAACCUCGACACGACGUCGAACUCGAAGAUUUCCACCGUUCCAUCCCUUGCCACCCGCUGCACUCAUUGCAACAAGUCCGGUCACGUUGCGGCAUCCUGCUACAAGAAGUAUCCCAACCUCAAGCCGACUGGUCAAUCUUCUGACAAAGGCAAGGGGAAGCAGGAUGAGGGGAAGAAGAAAAAGAAGAAGGAAAAGAAGAGCGGUGAUGGUACUAGCGCUGUAAAAGAAGUUGUAGCCGCUCCCGCGGUUGCAGCUGCCUCCAAUGGAAUGCACAUUUCGUCCUAUCUCAUGAGUGACUCCCUCAAACAUAUCGAUGAUGGAAUUUUUGUUGAAGAAAUGGGAGACGACUCCAAAGUUCGUUUUCUAUGGGACUCGGGUUGUACGCAUCAUAUGACAAACACCCGAUCCAAUCUUCACAACAUCAGACCUAUCGACACCUAUGUAAUCGUUGGGUCGGGAACUCGCUUCAAGAAUGAAGCCGUUGGAGAUAUUGUGUUGCGGGGUCAUACUAGUAGUGGCAUGGACUACACCUUCACGCUGAAGGAUGUCAUCUACAACCCGCACAUAAGAGGGCGUUACCUUUCUGGGUAUGCGCUUGAUCAGGCUGGUUACUACACCGUGGUUGGUGACAACAAGGCAAUCCUAGUCACCAAGGAUUGGCUCAACAAGGGAAAAGCGCAUGGGGAUGUCUUGAUGACCUUUAAAGCAAGCAAUCGCUGCUACUGGUACUACCCCGAGGAGCUCGUGGCACCAUCUGUGUCUGCAUCUCACGAGUCUACCACGCUCGCUUCCCUGGAAACUACCGAUCGUGAAUUGUGGCAUAAGCAUUUUGGUCAUGCGGCUCGGAGGACCCUUUCUCACUUGCCGACACAAGUUGAAGGUGUUCCCCCCUUGCGACGCAAUAAAGACCAGCGCGGCAUGUGCGAUGGAUGUAUGCUUGGAAAACAGCACAAGCAUCCGUACCCUGCAUCAGAGAAACGUGCUAGCAAACCCCUCGAGCUUAUCCACACUGAUUUGAUGGGCCCCUGGCCUACUCAGUCGUUGGAAGGUUCACGCUACACAAUUUCGUUCUACGACGAUUUCUCAAGCUUUGGCAUGAUGGUACAACCUAUGGCACGAUUGGGAUGGCGAACACCUGCGGAACUGUGGCUUGGAAAGAAGCCAGACGUCUCUUAUUUCCGUGUGUUUGGAUGCAAGGCGUCUCUCUAUGUGGAUGUUGAAAAACGCCCGAAAGGGUUGGAGCAUGGACGCCCCGACCACAUCUUCGUUGGAUACGAACGAGAGACAAAAGCUUGGAAAGUGUGGGAUCCGAAUCAACGCAAGAUACGAAUCUCUUCAAACGUCGAGUUCGAUGAGCGAGUAUUCCCUGCCAAGUCCAAGCUAGUCACCGGCAAUGUGUCCUCUGGACCGGAGCCGUUCACACCAUUCGAGGAAACCUUCCCUGACCUUAUCAAUAAUCCUGCGCCUGCAACGCCUUAUGCAAGCAUACCACCUCCUGCUCUCCCACCGCCACCGGCACCCCUCGCGCAACAAGGUCCUGUCACGGGAUCGCGAGAAGUACCCCUAAUGCCUGGCCCGAUAGACGAUCGCCCGAUUGCCCAUCGCCGCCCUCAGGCCUAG